UCCUAGGCAUUCUAUCCCUUCCCUCGGUAGCGCUCUGACGUGCACACCAUGUGACAGGCCUCCUACUAUAAGCCGAGGAAAGGUCCGCCCUCUCCUGGACUCAGCCCUCGCCUCGCCGAGCUCGGUCCCUAGACUCUCACCCGUCCCGCACCUUCCCGGGCGCCCGGCACUCUGACUGGCCCGCUCGGGGUCUCGCCACCCCCUCCUCACUGACCCCGGCGCGGGCCGCUCGGAAAGGGGAAGGUCAAGUCCCCCGCCCGGGACCGGUGCGCGCGGAGCCGAGGGAGCGCAGAGACCGUGCGGCUCUGGCGGCAGCGUAGGAGUUACAAAGUCGCGGCGCGAGCCUCCGCAGCCGCCGGGCAGUCCCCGGGCAGCCCCCGGCCCAGCUCGAACAGCGGCGGCGCCCCCAGCGUGGCGCCCCCGUGCCGGGCCCGCCGCCCGGGACCCGGGCUGGGGAGCGGCGGGAGCCCGGAGCCCGGCGCCCCUAUGCGACGCCUCGCCGCCGCCGCCGCCGCGCCACAGCUAUGACCCUGAGCACGGAGAUGUCCGAUGCCUCCGGCCUCGCGGAGGAGACAGACAUCGACGUGGUAGGGGAGGGCGAGGACGAAGACGACGAAGAAGAGGAGGACGACGACGAGGGCAGCGGUGGCGUGUCCCGCCUGGCGGUGCCCGCGCAGCGGCGGCGGCGGCGGCGCUCCUACGCCGGGGAGGACGAGCUAGAGGACCUGGAGGAGGAGGAGGAGGAGGAGGACGAUGACAUCCUGCUAGCCCCGCGGUCAGGGGCCUCCCCGGCGCCCCCGGGCCCAGCCCCAGCGGCUGGGGCCGGGGCGGCUGGGGGCGGCGGCGCGGGCGCGGGCGGCGGCGGCGGCGCGACCGCCGGCGGCGGCGCCAAGAACCCCCUGGUGAAGCCGCCCUACUCGUACAUCGCGCUCAUCACCAUGGCCAUCCUGCAGAGCCCCAAGAAGCGGCUGACGCUGAGCGAGAUCUGCGAGUUCAUCAGCGGCCGCUUCCCCUACUACCGGGAGAAGUUCCCCGCCUGGCAGAACAGCAUCCGCCACAACCUCUCACUCAACGACUGCUUCGUUAAGAUUCCCCGCGAGCCCGGCAACCCCGGCAAAGGCAACUACUGGACGCUGGAUCCCGAGUCCGCCGACAUGUUCGACAACGGCAGCUUCCUGCGCCGGAGGAAGCGCUUCAAGCGGCAGCCGCUGCUCCCGCCCAACGCCGCCGCCGCCGCCGCCGCCGAGUCGCUGCUGCUGCGCGGCGCAGGGGCCGCGGCGGGCUCGGGCGACCCGGCGGCCGCCGCCGCGCUCUUCCCCCCCGCGCCUCCGCCACCCCCGCACGCCUACGGCUACGGCCCUUACGGCUGCGGCUACGGCCUGCAGCUGCCGCCCUACGCGCCGCCCUCGGCCCUAUUCGCCGCCGCCGCGGCCGCCGCGGCCGCCGCCGCCUUCCACCCGCACUCGCCCCCGCCGCCGCCGCCGCCGCCGCCGCCGCCGCCGCCGCCCCCGCCGCCGCACGGCGCGGCCGCCGAGCUGGCCCGGACCGCCUUCGGCUACCGGCCGCACCCACUCGGCGCCGCCCUGCCCGCCCCACUGCAGGCCUCGGCUGCCAAGGCGGGCGGCCCGGGAGCCUCGGCGCUGGCGCGCUCGCCCUUCUCCAUCGAGAGCAUCAUUGGGGGCAGCCUGGGCCCGGCCGCCGCCGCCGCCGCCGCCGCGCAAGCCGCCGCUGCCGUGCAGGCCUCGCCCUCACCCUCUCCGGUGACGCCGUCCGCGCCCGCGCCCGGAUCCGCCGCCGGCGGCGGCGGCGGCGGCGGCUGCGCGGUUCAGGCGGCCGUGGGCCCGGCUGCCGCGCUCACCCGCUCGCUCGUGGCCGCCGCGGCCGCCGCUGCCUCCUCGGUCUCCUCGUCGGCCGCCCUGGGGACUCUGCACCAAGGGACUGCCCUGUCCAGUGUCGAGAACUUUACUGCUAGGAUUUCAAAUUGUUAAUAACGCUAUGUUAGCGCGCUUGGGAGAGAAGCACGACUAAGAGAGGAGACACUGGAACGGAGAACGUCCGGAUGCCCAAGCAGCCUCCGGGGUGGAGAGGCGUUAGCACGCGGAACCCAAACAGCACAGGCCCUGCAGGCGUGCCUCGCAGCCUUCUAAACACAUUUGGGGAAAACGCUAGUCAACAGCUGAAGCAUUGGAAGCCUCCUAGUGGUGCCGUCUUGGCCUUCCUUGCUUUUCCAAGAGGAAGAUGAAGAUAUGAAGCAAGUGAACGGUG